ACUAAACGUGUGGGACAUAUGAAAAUCAUGUGCUGAUGUUAUCUCAGUCAGCUUUACUUUAAAAAGGAACAUCCAAAAAUCUCAAGUCUCCUUCAUUAAUACAAGCAAAUAACCGCAGGAAAUAUUCACCAACGAAAAUACAAACUGAAUGGAGAUCUCUUACUCAACAUUCAAACCCAAGCCUUUUUUCACCGUUCUCUACCUGCUGUUCUACCCUUACCAAGUUCCACAAUGAAGAUCCGGCUCCACAACCAACAGUUUUCCUACUUCCUGUGUCAAGCCAACAAGAUGCGGCUGUCCGGUGUUCUCUGUGACACAGUCAUUGUGGUGGAAAACCAGACGUUCAAGGCCCACAGUCUUGUACUGGCUUGUGCCAGCAAGAAGCUGGAGAACCAUCUUACUAGCACAGGAGAUGGCCAGCAACAUCACUGCACUCUCAACAGACUCUCUUCCCACACCUUCCAGCAGAUUCUUGACUAUGUCUACAUGGAGACCCUUGAGGUCUCAGCUGAAGACCUAAGUGAACUUCUAAAUGCAGCCCAGCUCUUAGAAAUGCAUCAGCUUGGGCAGCAGUGCCAUGCUCAGCUUGAGACCCUGAACUUGACAGCUGGUGGAAGGCAGCUGCUGGCACCACCGGAAGUGGCUGGGAUGGUGGGAGACGGACCCACAGAGAUGCUUCCGAGCAGUCCACCACUCGAGGAACAGUCUAUUACUCCUCCAUCUCCUCCCCACCACUACAAAAAGCCCAAUACAGACAACGUCUUACCUGUUACUGUGCCUCCAAGGGUAAGUGUGAUAGCCAGCACUACCACAAGACUGCCCAACCCCUCUUCCUGCCGAUCACCUAGGCUAGGAUGGCAUCCGGUCACUGCCUCUCCACGCAUGACUCUGACUAGCACUGACUUCAUGGCCAUUCGUUCUCUCCACCCCCCGGAACAUUUAGUGGCAUGUCCCUUCCCCGUGCCAAAUCCCAUGUACCCCCUCUUUUCCUCACCUGCCCUGCCCCAAGGCCACAAUCCCAUUAUGGGCUACGCAGGGAUCUUCCACACUCUUCAUCCUGCACUCCUGCCAGGAUCCAAUGAGCUGGCAAUGACGGUCAAGAAUAAUUUACCAAGUAAAGUCGAUUCGGUGGAUGGAGCACUGAUGGGUAGCACUGCUGAGGAUGACAAGAGGAAGCUUCCAGAAGCAAUAGACAAGACAUUCCAUUGUCAGCAGCCUGGCGACAUCCGAGACAGCCACCUUCUCCAGACCCAAGCUGUUUCACACCCGGCACCGGCAGAGCCCUUGCUUUGCCUUCUCUGUGGCAAAACCUUCAGGAGCCAGGCGUCCCCCAGGGAGCAGCAGUCUCUGCAGAGCACGAUCUGGGGCCACAUCUGCACCGACUGCAGACGCUCCUUUCCCAGCCAUGCCGCCCUGCGCCGCCACCAAAGGCUGCACACACGCCCAAGCGACAUGACCCUGGGCUGCAAGUACUGCGGGCGCUAUUUCCGCGAUGAGGGCUCUUUGCGCUCCCACCGCCGUGUCCACAGCGGCGAGAAGCCCUAUCAGUGCGAACGCUGCCCCAAGAGGUUCAGCCUGAAGCACCAACUAGACACCCACCAUAGGGUGCAUACUGGUGAGAAGCCUUUCGAGUGUCGACUGUGUGGCCAGCGUUCCCGCGACUACUCAGCAAUGAUCAAGCACCUCCGCACACAUGGGGGCGCUGCACCCUACCAGUGCACCAUCUGCAUGGAGUUCUGCAGCAGCCUGGCCGCCAUGCAGAAGCACAUCAAGACUCACCCUGCAAAAGACUUCCCAGCAGACUGGAGCAUCAACAAUACCUACUUGUAUAGCUGCCACAACUGAUGCCCCUGCAUUAUACCUGAACCUCCGGAGGAUACAAAAUUGAUUAUCUUUUAGCUGCAAAACAGAAAUGACAAUUUCCAAGUAAAUGCUUAGCAUAGUACAAGACUCUCAAAGUAAUUGCUCCAUACUCAAACACAGACAAAAUCAAUAUAAGGGGUACUUUUCCACUGCACUAGGGACCAUACUUUUGGGUCUGGUGCAGUGGAAAAACGUUCAGAGACACAACCAUGUUCUGAAGCAUCAAGACAAAGACAAGCAAUGCACAAUCACACCACUUGAUCUCAACAGAUCUAUAGACUAUAUCCUGUCAGGGAUGAAGUGAUUAAACACGGGCAUUAAAAGAUCCAAACUGGCAGUACGACAGGUUGGCAUCCAACUACAGAACAUGCUACUGAUUGUCAAAGCCAUGAAUGAAAGGAUACAUAGCAAGCACUGAUAGAUAGCAGCAGAGCUGUCAUGACCAAGCUCUUAUAGGCCAGGGGGAAUGCUGUUUUCGAUUUAAAAGACCAUUUAAGAUCCAGACCUAGACUUUUGCUUAGUUUCAACUCUUAACCAACUCUUUAUUUUUAAAUGCCAGACUGCUGAACCAAAAGUAAGCUUUCAGUGCUAGCAUUCGCUAUUUUUAAUUAUGAGAAAUGUGCCUUUGUUGUUUGGAAAAAAGUAUGCAGAAUUAAUUAUUAAAUUUAAUUUAAUAAGUUAUUUAUGGCUUAUUAAUAAAGAGAACUGUUGACUAAUAAAAAAAUGUAAGUUGCAUU